GAGGGGCGCUAGUCCACACCCCCGACCCUACCCUGACUCCGCAGAGUCUGCUCGUUGCCAGCGUGAGCUAAGAAGAACUGGAGGAGCACAGAAACUGAAAAAGGGAGAAAGCGCCCUACGAGACAGCUUUGACGAACAAAAAUGUGGCUGGCAGUACAUCGACGCAACGGGACUCUCUCACAUGCUGAGGAUUAGGAACACAAGACGAACAAAUACAUCUAAGAAAACAGAAAAAAUAGCUUAUUAUUUGACAUAGCUUAUCUGAAGGCAACCCUAACCACGUUUCCUGGGAAUUGCAUACAAAUUGCAACUUGAACUUCACAUCGGUCAUUGCGACGUUGUUUUGCGUUUCCCCAACUGUUCGUCCUGGAUGCAGUGCUGGGGUAUAUUUGGAUAAAAGAUACGGACAUGCGUCCAGGUUUCUUUUGAACAGGAGUAGCGCCGGUCGACAGGUUAUUGCUUUUUCCUCUAAAAUACCGGGGAACCUAUGAAUUUUUCAGUUGCAUUCUUGGCUGGCACGGUCCGCUUUACCUGUUCUGCACUAUUCACACUAACGUAGUUUAGCGGAGGAGCUGCUAUAUAGUUCUUAUUGAACCCUGGCAGAUAUGGAAAAUGUAACACGAAGUACGGAUAACAUGUUGCAUGCUAUCUUCAGAGCAGCCUGCACGGCUACUAUCCUAUUUGUUUUUAUUUUUGGUUUGGCUGAAGGGUCUUCCCUGCAUCACCCCAAUAGCCGGUCCAACCCUCACUCCCUGGAGAAGAAUUUUGGAUGGCACCCCAGGGACUCUCAGUGUCAUCACAUGCUCAAGCACCUACACAACGGGGCACGGAUAUCUGUACAGAUGCCCCCCAACAUUGAAGGCCACUGGGUGUCCACCAGCUGUGAAGUCAGGCCUGGCCCAGAGUUCCUCACGAGAUCCUACCAGUUCUACCAGAACAACACAUUCAAGGCCCACCAGUUCUACUACGGGGACAACCACUGCACCACACCCACCUACACGCUGGUCAUCCGUGGCAAGCUGCGCCUGCGGCAGGCCUCCUGGAUCAUCCGAGGGGGUACGGAGGCGGAUUACCAGGUACACCGCACCCAGGUGGUGUGCCACAACGAGGCGGUGGCCAAGGACCUGAGCCAGCGUCUGAACCGCAGCUGCCGGGGGGUGGUGAGGGGCGAAGGGGCCUGGGAGCCCAACAUCAGCUACGACCUGUGGAGCGAGGAGAUGGGCUGCGACUGCUCGCGCAGCCUCAACUUCGCCAUGCACGAGCUGCAGCUGCUGCGCGUGGAGAAGCAGUACCUGCACCUCAACCUCGACCACCUGGUGGAGGAGCUCUUCAUGGGUGACAUCCACACUGAGCCGGCCCAGAGGAUGUACUACAGGCCAUCGAGCUACCAGGCCGCACUGCAGAAUGCCAAGAACCCCGACCACGCGUGCAUCGCAUGCCGCAUCAUCUACCGGUCAGACGAGCACCACCCUCCCAUCCUGCCGCCCAAAGCAGACCUGACCAUUGGCUUGCACGGACAGUGGGUGAGCCAGCGCUGCGAGGUCCGCCCCGAAGUGCUCUUCCUCACACGCCAUUUUGUCUUCCAUGACAACAACAACACCUGGGAGGGCCACUACUACCACUAUUCCGACCCUGUCUGCAAGCACCCCACCUUCAGCAUCUACGCCAAGGGCCGCUACAGCCGGGGGGUACACUCCACCCGAGUUAUGGGCGGCACUGAGUUUGUCUUCAAAGUGAACCACAUGAGGGUAACGCCCAUGGACCAGGCCACCACCUCUCUUCUCAACGUCUUCAAUGGGAAUGAGUGUGGGGCGGAAGGAUCCUGGCAGGUGGGCGUGGAGCAGGACGUGACGCACACCAACGGCUGCGUGGCACUGGGCAUCCGGCUGCCCCACACCGAGUACGAACUCUUCCACAUGGAGCAGGAUGCCCGCGGCCGCUACCUGCUCUACAACGGCCAACGGCCCAGUGACGGCUCCAGCCCCGACCGGCCAGAAAAAAGGGCCACCUCCUACCAGACGCCCCUGGUCCAGUGUGCCACCAGCAGCCAGGGGUCAGAGGUCAACAGGGGGGACAUGGACCAGCCCCAGAGGCUCAGAAACAGCUCAUGGCGAUGCGGCCGCAGUAGCCUGCUGGACUUCGUAUGCGCCUUCUUCAUCUCUAUUGCCUUCUUACAUCUCAGCUAAGACAGGCAGCCCUAUGUUUUCACUGUACAGACUGGGACAAAUUAGGGGAAGUGAGUUGUCAGGCAUACUGGAGGCUUCUGCCCUCAAAGAGAGACUGUUUACUUGGCGCACAUGAACUGCGAGCGAGCUUUGCUUUUUCAAGUUGUGGGGACCACAGGUCAAGGCAAAGCGAGUGACUGAUUUGUGAUUGAACUCCAUCCAGAGACUUAAAACUGCCAUUCCACAGUAACUGCACUUUAUACGCGUAGACCUAAAACAGUAUGUUAACAUCUACAGUAUGCAGACAUACAUAAAUAUGCAUUAUAUUUACAUGCUUUCAGUUUGAAAAUCCCACGCCAUUUUUGGCUGAAAGGAAAUAGCUGAUGAGUUUCAACAUUCUACGCUGAACGCUGUCGUUGUGCUUGUAGUACCCUCAUGUGCUGACUGUGAAAAUGCAGUUUAUUAAAGAGGGCAUCUAAAAGGGAAAUGCAGUAUAUUGUCCAGGUCCAGCCAUCUGUGAGGACAGAAGAGAGGAAGGAACAAUGCCCGGGCCUAUAAAACAUUGUACAUUUGCUUCCUUAGUACUUCACCUUGACUUUCUUUGUAAUUAGACUAAAUAAUUUUCUGGCACUUUUUUUCUUUUCUUUUUUUUACCUAGAAAGGAAACAUACACAGGUUGUUCUGCUAUUCUAUUUAUGAGAUAUCUGAACUUGUUUCAAACCAUAACAAAUGCAGUUCUGUUCGUGCCAUUGGAUUCAUGAGGAUAGCUAACUUUGUUCUGUAAACUAUCUUGGUGUCUCAGAGCUAUUUUUGAAUGAAAGAUGGCAUGUUUGUACAUAUUUUUGUAGAUUUAUACAGAAAACAUAUGUCCUGUUGCAUUUCUGGCUUAAAUUAGAUGAAAUGUAUGUCCUCAGAAUUGGAUUUGGGGCAUAAAAAUGAAAUUUUA